AUGGAACUGACCGAUCCGGAACAGUCCCCGGAGAUUGACUCGGUCGCAUUCGCCCUCCACUCCAUGCACCUCGCCAUUUGCACCGCCGCCUUCGCAUUCAACUCACUCCUUUUGUACCUCAUCCGAAAGUGUGCAGGUAAAAAAUCUGAGCUGCGUUCGCUUACAGUAAUCUAAUUGGUUGGUUCUUAAUCAAAAAGCGUCCCUGGGCACAGAGAUAUUACCAAGAGGAUUUGAGGACAAAACAUGUUUAACUAGGGAGGUACUUCAGUAGGCUAAGCCACAUUUCAAACUUUACUCUUGUUCCGUUCCCAAUGGAAAUGUCCAACUUUAGACUUGAUUCGAAGCACCAUGAAAUCUGAAAUAGAAGGGCACCCAAGUGCUAUUCAUUCAAGACGAUAUAUCUCAGCUGCGGAGAAAGAUAUCAUAAUGUUGUCAACUGAUACGUUUCUCACUAACACAUUUUGCAUAUUUUAUCAGUUGUCCAUGUUUUGAUAUCUCUACACUCAAAUGAGAUACCGUAAUAACGAUACAUCAUUUUGAAUGAAGCACAGAGACUCGUUGGAAAUUGGAAUCAAACUAAAAGUUGUUCAAUAAAAAGUUCAAUCAAUCUUUCUUUCAAUCUGAUUGCAGUCUUCCAUCCGCACAUGAAGAUAAUAAUGAUAAACCAAACGUUGGCGGUGAUGGCUGCCAUCGUCUACCUCCUGCUCCGAUCGACUCUCGGCCUGUGGCAGACUUAUGACGGUCCUGCUAAAGUGAGCAUUCUUUCUCUUCUUCUUCUUCUUCUUCUUCUUCUUCUUCUUCUUCUCACUCCCACCUGAUCUUUUCCAGGAGCCGGUCGUGAUCGUGGAUGACUCGCAGUGCGCGUUCUCCUCUUCCGUGCCCGACUCGCUCUGCAUGCUCUUCAUCUGGUUCCCGUUCCUUUUGCUCAUCGAGCGAUACUACGCGACGCGGAAUUUCCGAAACUAUGAAAAUUUGGAGACGCCCGUCGUAUUCAAAGUUCUCUGCGGAGUCAUGGUCAGUGUAGACAUGGAAAGUGGCUGAAAUCAGAUGAGAAUGUACAAAGAACGAACGAAAUAAAUGCAGUUACUUAAAUAGAUCUGCUGCAAGUGCACUUUGCUCUUUAGAUGCAAAGAAACCAUGAAAACAAACUUCACAUUUAAUUCAAUUUCAGUGGCUUCCGAUGGUGACGGAAAUGCUCGCCUUUCUCUUCAAUCACUCGCUGCCUUCCAAUCUGCAGGCUUGCCAGUACUCUCUUCUGCAGCAGUCUCACAUGCAAAGGAACGUCUGGUUCAUCAUCAUCGCCGUCUUCUCCGUCACUUUCUCCGUCUUCUUCAAACUUCUCGAGAUUGUAAGUGUUCUGCUCAGACGGCCAGUUUCUCACAGUUGCGUGGUUUUCAGCAGAACAAACGGAUCGAUCAGUACUCGGUGGAGCAGGAUUACGCAUUCGGACCGCGGUACCAGAUCAGAGAGAACGUGCGCACCUGCAGAUUCGCCUUCUCUCUCCUUUUCCUCUACUUCAUCUUCUUCUUCGUCUUUUUCGUUUUCGAUCAGAACUUGGAGACCCGCGAAGAAGUGCGAAUGAACGCGGCAGCGAGACGAGUAAGUGAGCCCAUGUGUGCGAAGUUCUCAAUUCAUUUCAGGAGUACCUAUUCCUCAUCUUUCCCAUCUUCGCCCUCAUCUACUCCCUCCAUUUCCUCACCGCCAAUAAUCAGCUGUUCGAGACGGCGAAACGAACAUUUCAACAGUAUUAUCACCCCGAACACGGUAACAAGCCCUCAGACAAGAAGCUGGCUGCUCCGUCGGUGUGCUUCCGAAACCGUAGUGCUUUUCGUGACGAGACCCGUUCGAAUUGA